ACCGGACUGCUCCUGGGCCUGGGGCCUCUGCCUUGGGGCCGCAGCACAGUCACCCGGAGGGGCCCGAGGAAGGCCAGACGCUGCCCGCUGAAGGCCUUGACUGACGGCAGUGGGGGGCAGGGACGGCGGGCCAUGGCCUACAGGCCCCGGGGCUUGACUGGGGCCUGCGGAGCCUGGGAAGGCACCCAGGGCCGCCGCAUAGCCCCUGGCCCGGCAGCGUAGCGGCGGCUGGAGGCCUGGGCGGCAGGAAAGGGAAAGGUGACGUCAUUGCCGCCUGGAAUCUGCUGUUUGGAGGCGUCGCCAUGGAGACCGGAAGGCUCAGGCUGAGGAAGUGCAAGCCCGGAGCCCAGGCCAAGAGCAGCUUCGACGGCGGACGGCUUCGCAGCCCGGGCCCAGAGGCAUGGGGAAGGGGCAUCUCGGGGGAGAAGCUCGCGGCGGGCCUGGCGGCUACCCCUCCACCCUGGGAGUUGUCUUCCAGGCCAGGAAGGCACCUGUCUUGGUCCUCCCCAGGCCAGACUGGGCUGAGCCCCUGAAGUGCCCAGCACAUGCUGUCUGGACGCCUCCUCAGCUGAGUCCUCUGGGGGCCCGCUGUGUCCUCACGGGCUGCCUUCUAUUCCAGGCCACAGAAAGGGGGCAGCGCUAGGAGGCCGGGGGCCCUUCUCCCCUGACUGUGAGGAUGGACCCUCUGCAGCCUCAGGGGGCUCCCUGGGCCAGUGCCCACCUCUGGGAAACAGCGCCGUCCUGCUGGGGGCUCCUGCGGCACCUCACCGAGGAACACCUAUCCGAACCAAAGUGAAAUCUGGUCGCCACUCCUUCCCAGAACACAGGUCCCCGCUGAAACGUGGUUGGACUCGGGGCCAAGGGCACCAGGUGGGGGUGCCCAUGGGGGCGACUCCCAGGCCCGAGUGAGAGGCAAGCCCAUCCCCAUCCCACUGGGGAAAGUGACAGGGGACAGCGACAGGGGACAGCGACAGCUACAGCAACUCACAGUACCCCAGGGAAAUCCCUUCCUUCCUCCCUUCCUGCCUGAGGCUGGGAGUGGGGCUGGGUCUCUGCCCUCAGCGCCCCAGGGAAUCUGGAAUGAGCUGCUGUCUCUUCUCUUCCACCUUUGUUCUGCAGGGUAAGGGGAAGCCCCUCUCUCCACACAGGGUGGGUGGGGCCCGGGGAGAACAAGGGCCUUGCCUCUCAUGCCCUGGGCUUGUGGUGGCUGAUGGCUGGAGAAGAAGGGGAAACGGAGCCCCUGUGGGGGGAGCUCAUUGCCCCCAAGAAAUAGCUCAGACGCCUUAUGUAAGGAGUGAGCUCACCGCAGAGCCUGCCAGCAAUGACGGCAGGAGGGCGGGAGGGGGCCGGCUCGGGGAACCGAUUUACGAGGAGAGAGGGGCCCAGGGCCUGUGCAAGGAGGGGGCUGUCGGCCGGCCCUGGGCUACAGGGCCGCGGGUACCGGCCUGGGGCUGGAGGGGCCUGAGCGCUUGGUGUGGCCCAGCAGGCUACAGACCGGGAUUCACGCUGCUUCCCCCACUGCCAGGCGCUGGCAGGCGCGUGGUCAGAGCAAGGGCCCUCUUAAGGCACCCGAGACCCUCAGGGACCAGCUUGGAGAGACUUAGAGGGUUGGACACCAGCUGCCCUCUGUCCUCUUGCUCCUCCCCCCACGACAGGAUGCUCAGCCCCAGCGGAUGCUGCUCUGAGGGUGGCCUCCCCUUUCUUUCUCCUGCCGGGGUCCUGGUCCCCCGCCCUGGCGUGCCCCCUCCUCUCUGGGUGUGGAGCAUCCCCCCACCUCAUGUGCAACAGGCCCAAGCUCCGGAGCCAGCCCGGCCACACUCAGGCCCAGAGAGAGUAAGGGGCUCAGGGAACGCCCAGCGCCCUCAGCCAGGAAGAGCCGACUCGCGGAGCACCUGGCUGGGGGCGGCUGACCCCACCAGUGGCUGGGCCUGGAGAUGUGCCUCACCUCUGACUGCCAUCAUCCAUUCGCCAAGAGUUAGUGAGAGCCUGCUCGCCACUUGCUGCCUCGGGUCCCUGACAGGGAAGGGACACAGGACACUCAAAAGGAGGUGACCCCAGGACCUGAGGUUGGGGCACAGAGGGGCCAGGACAGGGCUGGGAGCCCAGGGUGGGGCAGACCUUGUCCCAGCAAGUGUGGCUGGGACAGAUGGAGAGAGCUGGGGGGCUGUGGGCCCAAGAGAGGGGAGGAGGGCAAAUAUGGGGGCAAGGGACAGACAUGGCAGAGGUGAGGGGCCAGGAGGGGGACCCUCACUGGAUCUCAGGCUUCCCCUGACUGCUGGGAGGUCAAGUGAGUGUGUCUGGAAGGCAGGGCCUGCACAGAGGGGCUCCUUGUUGUGGGUCUGCCACUCAGGGCACCCCUGGCCCCUGUCCACACCCUGCCAUGGGUGCCUGGGCCUCACCUGGGCUCCCACCCCCUUGCUACACGGUGCCCUGGGCAGGUCCUGGGCCACCCAAGCUUGGUGGCCCUGCUAUGAUACAGGAUGGUGACACCAUGACCCUCUGAGUGUGUCACACAAGCCUUGGCACCCAGGGAGAUUGUUUUGACCACUGGGCCCUUUGGUCGUUACUGGCAGCAGGCAGUUUGGGCCCCUGGAGGGCCAUCUCUGGAGGGUGCUGUUGGAAGACUACCUUUCCGCCCUCGUCGUGCCCCCUGUGCCCAGCUGGUGGCACUCAGCAAUGAUUGCUGGACAAAGGGACCACAGAGGGUCCCUGAAAGAUGCUGCCAACGCCAAGGCCCCGGCCGGGGCCCAGCUCCCCCUCUGCGGCAGCUCAGCACUCCCGUGCCUCCUGCUUCAUGCACAGGACCUGGGCCCAGGCCUUGGGUCCUGGCCGGCCCAGGGCUGCAGGGCACAGGCAGGAGGCGGCCACCCUGUGAUCGGCGGGGUGUGGCUGGAGCCUGGGCCGGAACAGGACGCUUCGGGGAGCUGGGUCCUGCGGGCAGGGGCGGGUCCGCAGGGCAGGACGCCCACACGGGCUCUCUCUGCUCCUCCACGAGCGCCCUCCAGGCUGAGGAUGUGUCCACAGAGCCAGGCCAGGAAGUGAGCCCCUGGGCUCGGAGCCCCGGGCGGGCCGAGGCCUGUGCGCCCCUCCCUCAUUCCUGCUCAUUCCUCUGAGGCCUGUGCUGGCUGAGUGGGGCGGGCAGGGGUUCCCCCAGGGCAUGGGGUUCCAGAGCCAGUGGCCUGGGGCCACGCUGCUCCCACCCUGGGUGUGAGACUAGACACGGGGCUGAGCCAUGCUCUGGCUCCCAUGACUGCCCUGCCCUGCCCUGCCCUGCCCUGCCCAGGCCCCCGGAGGCUGGGCGGACUCCAUGUUGCCCCAUCAGCUUCAUCUGGCAGUUGAGGCCAGGCUCCUGGUUGGGGGGGGCCGGUGGUGCCUCGGGGCUGUGGGGUGGACAUUUGAGCAGCUGAGUGGCUCUGCUUGGCGCGGGAAAGGAGCCCACUCUUCCCUCUCCCCCACCUCCAAGAGGACAAGGGCAACGCCUGGGUGGGGAGGGGGCAGGCCUGUGGGGGCGCUGCCUGCACGGGAGAUGGGCAGGUCCUGGGGCGCGGCGGCGCACUGGGCUCACCUCAUUGCCAGUGGCGGCUCUCACACACCUGGGCCAGGCACUCUGCUCAGCCCCCUGAACACCACCUCGCGGACCCCCGUGGGGCAGGUCUCAGCUGAGAGCUGGACACGGGGACCCUGUGUGACCCUGUUCCCACCCCGGCCCCUGACCACCCCAGGGGAGGCCACCUGGGAUGAAUAGCCCUUGUGUGGGCCACAAGGCUGACCCCGCCAAAGGUUCCACGAGAGAAGGGGAGUCCCUCCCAGACAGAAUGGUCCAGGAAGAACAACGGGUAAGUUCAAUAAACCUGGAAGUGGCUUUUCCGGAAAGGCAGAGGAAGCAGGUCAGCACAAAGAAGAAAUUAAAAACACCUGCAGUUCCCUCACUUUUUUGUCUCUGGUGUAGAAUCUGAAGAUGACCAAGGACCACGCUGGCUGCACCCAGGUAUUGUGACUGACAGUAUUUCCAUCGUCAUCCGAUUUAAAACUUUUGAUUCCCAUUUUGAGUCCUUCCUUCAUCAAUGGCGUAUUCAAAAUGUGUUUUUUAAUGUCCCAAACUGUGGCAUUUUUUGGUGGCAAAGUGAGUUUGCUUUUUUGGUUGUUAUUUUCAUUCAGAGUUACUUAGUUCAGAGGUUUGAUCUUUUGGUUUAAGUCUGGCCGAAGAAAGGCAGAUACACAGAUGAAAGGAACAAAAGGAGCCCAAAGGUCUGGACUCUCCCGACCUGUCCGGAGUGGUCACUGAGCCGCCUCGCCUGACCUCAGGGCAUCGGCCUCUCUCAAGCCUUCCAGCUGUUUCUUGUCUGACUUUUCUCCAUUUCUCCACAUUGUGUGUUCUUGCUGCUGUUCCCUUCAUUUACGAGUUUUAGACAUUGUGAGAUGUCCCUGGAGGAGCUCUGCCCAGCACUCUGCCCGCCCGCUGCUCACUCUUCGAUCUUCCCGAAUGAGCUCAGCUGUUGUGCACACUAUUAUGGCUACGUAGAUACUGUGCACUGCUAAGCCAACUGGGGAGCCCCACUUAGGUUUUCCCUUUGUUUUUCCUGAAGUUAACAGUUGCCUUGCUUUCUGUUUCACCUACUGGGUUGUCUCUGUGCCUACAGCAAAGACCUACAUCAUCCACCAGCCUCUUCCACACAGUUUUUGGUCGUUGAGUGUGUCCUAUAUUCUGCCGGUUCCUGGUUUUUCUGGCACCCUCUACCCUCUUGCCCUGGUCUGGGCUGGUUGCUCUCUGGGCUCCACCUCCAGGCUGGUAGGCAGAAUCUCCAUGUCCCCUUUGUGGACCUCUAUUCCCGGUCCUCAGUGGGUGUGAGGCCAGCUGCAAGCUCAUGCAGGCCGCUCAGUCACGAUCCUGCUCACCACUGUGACUUGCCUGCCUUCCUCGUUCCCGGCUCCACAGAGCUUCCUGCCUUCCGCGUUUUCAAACAUUUAAAGAGCAGACCUGUGUUCUCUGACCUGCUUUCGUGUUGGACCAGGAAAGGGGGCCAGUUCCUCUGCCAUCUGGGCUGGAGCUGCAGCCGAUGCUCUCAGGGUCCUGCUCGUGCCCCCAGGCCUCACCCCCACCUUGCCCAACGGUAGGACUUUCAGCAGCCCUGCUCCACUGGGCAGCUUAGGCGCACCAGGGCCGAACUGAGAAUGCAUGCCUCCUCCCCAUGACACUUCAAAUAAAUUCUGUGUGUUCUAACAACCUCAAGCUUACAGAGAAGCUGCGAGAACAGUGCAGGAACCCCCAUCGCGCCCCAUAAAGCGCUUGAGAUCCCCGCUGACAUGGUGCUCUGUCCUGGGCAGGGUCGCUAUCGUCCGGUCCUCAGGCCACAUCUGGGGCUUUCUGGUUGUUCCACUGACAUCGCAGUGAGAUCCAGCAAGGGUCCCCAGGUUUCGCAGAGCUGACGUCUUGUUCUUCUCCAUCGGUCUGGAAUAUUCCUCAGCCUUUUCCUCACUGUCACCUCUGAAGGUUCCAGGCCCAUCCUUCUGUACAAAGUCCCUCUGUGUGGGCGUCUGAGGUUUCGUCAUGGUCAGAUGCAGGUCAUGCCUUUUUGGCAGGAGAGCCACAGCAGCCCGUCCCACCACACCAGGCAGUGCAGGGUUGCGGUGCAUCCAGUGCCUGACGGUUUCCACUUUGAUCGCUUGAUUAUGGUGGUACCUGGCGGUGUCUCCCCUGGGAACUCACCCUUCCCUUUGCAAUUGACAGGAGCCUUGUGGGGAAGAACUUUAAAACUAUACAUUUCCAUAGAAAAGCAAAACAAACAAAAAAAACUAUGCAAAUAGCUCUUUUCUUAUCAGACUUUCAGCUUAUGAAUAUGCUUAUUUUAAUAAAUACUUGAAUAUGCA